GCGGGGGAUGCGGCCAGAGCUGGGGAAGCUGCUGCGGGUCGCCAUGGCCGCGCCGAGCCCGGGGCCCCGCGAGGUCCUGGCCCUGUCCCCAGAGGCUGGACGCAAAGCAGCUACCUCAAGGUCUGGCCGCCGUGGCCUUCUUGGGCGUCUACGAGACAAGCAGCUGCGCCUGGGCCUGUUUGAGAUCAGCCCGGAGCAUGAGCUGCACCGGCUGACGUGCAUGAUGCAGACAGGGCUGUGGGCUGCCACCCAGGUCUCUAUGGACCACCCACCUGGGGGACCGCCCACCGAAGAGGAUUUCUCCGAGGUCCUGACCCAGGCUCACCAGGGCUUCGAGCUGGGCACCCUGGCUGGCCCGGCCUUCUCCUGGCUGCGUCACUCCCUAGGCCUGGCGGAGGAGGACUAUCAGGCUGCCCUGGGGCCCGGCAACCCCUAUCUGCAGUUCCUGAGCACCUCCAAGAGCAAGGCCAGCUUCUUCCUGUCCAAGGACCAGCGCUUCUUCCUGAAGACCCUGCGGCGCGGGGAGGUGCGGAUGCUGCUCAUCCACCUGCCCCGCUACGUGCAGCACCUGCAGCGGCACCCGCAUUCGCUGCUGGCGCGGUUGCUGGGAGUGCACAGUCUGCGGGUGGGCCGGGGCAAGGAGAUAUACUUCAUCAUCAUGCAGAGCGUCUUCUAUCCAGUUGGCCGCAUCUCCGAGAGGUAUGACAUUAAGGGCUGCAAGGUGAGCCGAUGGGUGGAGCCGGCCCCGGAGAACAGCCCCCUUGUCUUGGUGCUGAAGGACCUCAACUUUGAGGGCAAAACCAUCAACCUGGGGCCCCAGCGGAGCUGGCUGCUGCGGCAGAUGGAACUGGACACCACCUUCCUCCGGGAGCUCAAUGUGCUGGACUACAGCCUGCUGGUAGCCUUCCAGCGUCUCCAGGAGGAUGAGCGGGGGCCGGGCAGCUUCCUGUUCCGCACAGCUAGGUCUGUACAAGGGGUACAGAGCCCGGAUGAGCCCGGAGCUCAGAACCGCCGGCUGCUGCCCGACGCCCCCAACGCCCUUCACAUCUUGGACGGCCCAGAGCAACGCUAUUUCCUGGGUCUCGUGGACCUCAACACCGUCUACGGGCUUUGCAAGCGGCUGGAGCACCUGUGGAAGACGCUGCGCUACCCCCACCGCACCUUCUCCACCGUCAGCCCCGCUGUCUAUGCCUGCCGCCUCUGCCAGUGGGUGGAGGCGCACACUGAGUGAUCAGCGUCCCGCCGCGUGCUCCCCAUCUGGACAAAGGACCACGAACUGGAGGCUCAGGAGGUGAAGGGACUGAGCAAGCUGACUCAGCAAUAAAGGCUGGAACAAGGACUCAACCAUGCCUUUCAGAUUCAGGAGCCCUAUUCUUACCCAUCGGCCCCUGCAGCCCUGCCCUCAUGCUGUGGGAGACAGGGGAGGCUGAAGGCUCUGGCUCAGGUCCUUUGUCGUCCAGAUGGGGAAACUGAGGCCCAGAGACUUGAAGGGGGCUUAUGCAGGGGAGACGGCAGCCCGGCCUCCGACAUCAGUCCAGUCUGACGGUGCCCGAGCCGGCCUUCCCCCUGGUGCUGCUCUGGGGGCCUGCUGGGUGACCCGGGCAAGGUGCUAUACCUCUCUGUGCCUCGGGGGUCUAGUCUGUCAGAUGGAAGGAUGAAAAUGGACCUCCUGAACUCAUUCAGUGUUUAUGGAGCACCUGCUGUGCUUUGGGGGGACCUGGGGGUGGAGCAAGAGGCACAGACUUCACCUCCGCAGACUCCCGGUGUGGCGUGUGGUGGCGGCGAGAGAAGCAGACUGGUGAAACAGACCCCUGGGAAGGAGCAUGGGACCAUGAAGCUCAGGGAAGGGGCCCCCUCCUAAGGACAGGAUGGGUGGGGCGGUUUCGAACCUCUACACUGAGAGCAGAGGGGUUGGGUGCAGCCCUGGGAGGGCCCCAGGCCGAGAGCACGGCAAAGGGUUGCAGUGAGAGAGCGUGGCCUUUGAAAUAAAGAAACACGUCUCUGUGGUCGGUGUUGCGAGCGGACGGGGAGAGUGUGGUGAGAAGCUGCGUGGGCCAGGAGCUGCCCCGCCAGGACUGGAUGACUCUGGACCUUGGGAAAGCCACUCGGCUACACCAAACACUGCCGUUCCGUUUGUCUUCAGAGCAAAGGAGGAAAAAUGGCUGGCGGGGAAGGGGCAGGAGAGGGAAAGCUUACGUUGCAGGCAUGGAGUGUGGGUUCCUGGAGGUACAGUGAUACAGACACAGAUAUAAAUAUAGAUAUGUCACUGACAUCACCCCUAGAUACCUGGGUGACCUUUGUGACAACCUUUGUGAGCUAACGCAAGCCUGGGAGAAUUUCUGGCUCUGACUCAGCAGGAAGUCAAAACAUCCGGUGCGCUCAGCUCAGCGGCCACCCGGGAGAUGGGUGGGUGGUGGAAACGCAGCGUGGUAGGGUAGCACAGCCUGGGGGAGCUGGGGUUGGGCUGCACAUUCACCUGGCGCCUGGAUCCGCGGGGCUGAGUCAGAGCCCCCGAGUCCUGCACUCCUAGAUGAGGAUGGCUCGGCACCUCCCUCCCUGGGGGUCUCUGACAAUCGCCUGAGGCGGGACAGGGAAAUGACUCACGGGGCCUGGGACUCCUGGCUGUCCUAGCUUGCGCAUUCAGCAGACCUCGUGCGUGUUAGGCGCUGUGCAGAUGCCAGAAAUGCCCCGAAGACGUGGCUGGCCCGGCUGCCCACACGGAGCUCAGAGUCUAAUAGGCGGCCUAAUAGACCACAAGCAAGAGAACCAUCGUACACAGGAUGAUUUCUGCGUGUGACAGUGCUUGAAAGAGAGAAGUCACGGUGAGACUGGAAGGAUGAGAGUGCGGUGCUGGACAGAGUGGUUGGCAAGGAGGUGACGCUUGAGCUGAAUGACAAGAAGGAGCUGGCCAUGGGAUUAGAGCAAUCCAGGUAGAGGGUGUGGCAAACUCGAAGUCCCUGAGGUAGAAAUGAGCUCCAUGGGAUUGGGGGUUGGAAGCGGGGCCCAGGUGGGCAGAAGGUGAUUCAGUGGGAGGCAGGAGCCCAAAAUGGGCAGGGCCUUGGGCAGGGGAAGGACAGCAGCUUUUGCCAAAACCAAACGGAAGAGCUUCCUGUGAAACCGCGGGACUUUCCCUCCCUCCGCACCCCAUGGAGGUGAGAACCAUCCGCACCUGCACCCAGGGCCCCAGGGCGUUUGGGCACGCCCCUGUCUCCUCUCGGUGUAGCCGGGCAAGGAGGGAGUUGCCUCUCGGGGGAAGGAACCGUCACUUCACCAGCCACAGUGGGUGACGAACGAAUCCAUUCUCACCACAGUGCCCUAGGGGUUGUGUCUGUGAAAACAAACCUGACAGAUGAGGCCCCGGGGGAGGCUGAAGGGCCCUGGGUAUGGGCACCCACUGCGUGCCGCACCUUGGGUGAAUGAGGGGCCCCAGAGGGACACUGACUUGGACCACUCCCCUUGAGGUGUGCCCAGGGUGGGGCGGAGGAGACCAGCAGGGUUUGCACUCAAAGGAGGGCUAGGGGCAGGGGCACCUCAGCAGGACGGGGAGAGACACGGGGGGCCGGAGCCCUGGCUUGGCGGGAGUCCACUUGGCACCAGAAUGGAGGAGGCAUGGAAAGUUGCUGAGCUGGGUGCAGACACCCAACACGAAUACCCUGAGGUUGUGCCCACACCAGAGUGUCCGAGAAAUGGGAACCUGGGCUCUGAAAUGAGGCCAGAGCAAGAGAACAGGCUGGGGCCCUGGGGAGGGUGGUGGGUGUGGCAGGGGUGGUAAGAUGAGCUUUCUGGCCUAUGAAGUAUUUUGUAAAAAA